AUGUCGAAUUCAUCCGGCUCGAUCGUGCCAUACAUCGCUCCGCCGCCGCCAGGGUCACCGUUCCUCGCUCUACCCGCCGAAAUCCGGAACAUGAUAUACGCUUAUCUGUUCCGCGAAGGUGAGUCUUCAGUCACGCUCCUCGCUCGUCAUAGGGGAGGUUACAUUGCAAUGUCAGACAGCCUGAGCAUGGUUGCAACAUGUCGACAGAUCUACCGGGAAGCGACCUCAUUUAUGCUUCGUAGCCGCCAGCCUCGGCUCCGAAUCACCCAACCUCAAACGGUAUUAAGUCUCAUGCUUCAGAAUGUCCAGAUUGAGCAUAGUGUCAUGGAUGCCAUGAUGCGCCAGCAGCCGCGUAAUAUCAGUGUUACGUACGACUUGGACUCCCACUCCAUGGUCAGCAACAUCCCUCCUCUGUGGCAUGCGAGCUCUGACCUCCGCAAGUACAUGGCCCGGCGCAUGGAGGGAGAUAUCACGGUGAACACCUCCAUCACAGACGAGUUCCGAGCCCUGGCAUCCUGGGCGCAGUCUGGUCGAGGUGGCUUUGCGGAUACGCUACUGCCCUACUGGGAAACUAUGAUCAGGAUGCGCUUCCCAUCAGAGCACGCCCAAUUUGACGCGAUAAAAUUCGUCAUAGCCACUGCAUCACUAUCCGCCGACACGAUACUGACAUCCUGUGUCGUCGGCGAAGAAAAUCACUCUAGGGGUCAUAUGUUGUUUUUGACAGAUGUUCGCAGCCAGCUCCUGCUUUUCGUUCACAAGCUUCUGCAGCGUCCUGACAAGGGUGCCCUAACUCCAUGUCCGGUGAUCUGGAUGAGCAUCUACCGCUUGCUUGAACAUGCAGACUUCUUGAUCCAAGACCAGGGUAUCGAGUCCAUACCUUUCGUCCAGGGCGAUGAAUUCGUGUCGGGGUAUUCCUUCGUCGACGAGUACACUGUGCCCCACCUGGUGGACGGUCGGCUUGAUCUCGAGAACACACUCCUCGGCCUCGCUGUUAGGCUGGCUGUGAUCAUGCGCGAUGAGCCCUAA